AUGGAUCGACGGACAUUUUCUUUUUUCUUUCUUUUUUUUUUCUAUCUAUCUAUCUAUCUAUCUAUCUAUCUAUUUCAGUCUGUUCGUAUCUAUCUAUCACAUUCUCUUCAUAUCUUUUUUAAUCAGAUAUUUCUCAGCCUAUUCCAUCUAUCUAUUACAGACCAGACUUUUCUUCCUUUCUUUCUCUAUCUAUCUAUCUAUCUAUCUAUCUAUCUAUCUAUCUAUCUAUCUAUCUAUCUAUCUAUCAUAUUCUCUUCGCCUAUUAUCUAUUUCUUAAUCUAUCCCAUCUAUCUAUUCCAAACUAGAUUUCUUUCUUUCUUUCUUUCAUUCUUUCUUUCUUUCAUUCUUUCUUUCUUUCUUUCAUUCUUUCUUUCUUUCUUUCUUUCUUUCUAUCUUUCUUUCUUUCUCAUACGGUUCAUUAUCUAUCUAUCUAUCUAUCUAUCUAUCUAUCUAUCUAUCUAUCUAUCUAUCUAUUUCAGUCUCCUAUUCCAUCUAUCUAUCCCAGACCAGACUUUUCUUCCUUUCUUUCUUUCUUUAUCUAUCUAUCUAUCUAUCUAUCUAUCUAUCUAUCUAUCUAUCUAUCUAUCUAUCUAUCAUAUUCUCUUAUCUAUUAUCAAUUUCUUAAUCUAUCCCAUCUAUCUAUUCCAAACUAGAUUUCUUUCUUUCUUUCUUUCUUCCAUUAUUUCUUUCUUUCUUUCUCAGACGGUUCAUUAUCUAUCUAUCUAUCUAUCUAUCUAUCUAUCUAUCUAUCUAUCUAUCUAUCUAUCUAUCACAAUUUCUUCAUAUCUUUUCAUUCAUCUUUUUCUCAGUCUAUUCCAUCUAUCUAUCCCAAACCAGACUUUUUUCUUUCUUUUUCCUAUCUAUCUAUCUAUCUAUCUAUCUAUCUAUCUAUCUAUCUAUCUAUCUAUCAUGGAAAACAACGAUGAUAACGUUUUUUUAUUUAUCUAUUUAUCUAUCUAUCUAUCUAUCUAUCUAUCUAUCUAUCUAUCUAUCUAUCAGUCAAUCUAUCUAUCUAUCUAUCUAUCUAUCUAUCUAUCUAUCUAUCUAUCUAUCAGUCACUUUUUUUAUUUACCUAUCUCAUUGUUGUUGAUAUUAUUAUCAUUAUUAAUUGUUUGUUUCAUUUCUUGUUUCCUUCGUUCUCUUCUUUUUCUUUUUGCCCUCUUUUAUUCGCCCUCGUCUUUCCCUACUUUUACGUCUUUUUUUUUUAAUUUCUAUAUUUUUUCCUUUCUUUCUUUCUUUCUUGACUACGUGUUAUCUUCAUCUUUGCAUAUCUCUCUCUCUCUCUCUCUCUUUCACACACGCACACACACACACUUUCUUUCCCUUUCAAUUUUCUUUUCUGUCUCUUUUGCUGGAUUCUAUAUUUUCACCCCUCCUCCUCCUUGUUUAAAAGUGAUUAUUCUCUCUCCUCCGUUCCUCUUUUAUAUCUUCCAUCUUUUCUUUCUGUCCGCUUUUGUCCUUCCGGGUUUUGUUUACAAUGCUUUGUUCCAAUGUUCCUGCCGACCCCCCACCCACACACCAUAUUCUUACCUUCCCCGACAUCCUCCUAACCAAACUUUAUCCUUUUUUUCUCUUUUUGCCACUGUCAAAACCGACAUCCAAAAGACGAAGGUAUCUGCAAAAAACCUUUGA